CGAAUUCCAGAGUGUACAAAAUCCAACGACCCAGAUCUCAUGACCAAUCUCAAUCUUUAGUAUAUAUAAAUAUUGAGAUCCCCCAUUCGCAUUUUCAUUCACUCUCCCCUAACAAACGCCUUCUCUCUCUCUCUGUCACUCGCAUUCAUACAGGUUGUAGAAAAUGGCAGAAGCUGAGGACAUUCAGCCAUUGGUGUGCGAUAAUGGAACAGGAAUGGUCAAGGCUGGAUUUGCUGGAGAUGAUGCUCCACGAGCUGUGUUCCCUAGCAUUGUAGGUCGUCCACGUCAUACUGGCGUGAUGGUUGGGAUGGGCCAGAAAGAUGCUUAUGUUGGUGAUGAGGCUCAAUCCAAGCGUGGUAUUUUAACUCUGAAAUACCCAAUUGAACAUGGUAUUGUGAGCAACUGGGAUGACAUGGAAAAGAUUUGGCAUCACACCUUCUAUAAUGAGCUUCGUGUUGCCCCAGAAGAGCACCCAGUUCUCCUAACUGAGGCUCCUCUCAACCCCAAAGCUAACCGUGAGAAGAUGACUCAGAUCAUGUUUGAGACUUUUAAUGCACCUGCUAUGUAUGUGGCCAUCCAAGCAGUUCUCUCCCUAUAUGCAAGUGGUCGUACAACUGGUAUUGUGUUGGAUUCUGGUGAUGGUGUCAGCCAUACUGUCCCCAUCUACGAGGGUUAUGCACUCCCUCAUGCCAUCCUCCGUCUUGACCUGGCUGGUCGUGACCUCACUGAUCACUUGAUGAAAAUUCUUACUGAGCGUGGAUACUCUUUCACCACCACAGCCGAACGUGAAAUUGUGAGGGACAUGAAGGAAAAGCUGGCUUACAUUGCUCUUGACUUUGAGCAGGAAAUGGAGACUGCCAAGACCAGCUCCUCGGUUGAGAAGAGCUAUGAGCUGCCUGAUGGGCAAGUUAUCACUAUUGGUGCUGAGCGUUUCAGAUGCCCUGAAGUCCUGUUCCAGCCUUCCAUGAUAGGGAUGGAGGCAGCAGGAAUCCAUGAAACCACAUAUAACUCAAUCAUGAAGUGCGAUGUUGAUAUCAGGAAAGACCUGUAUGGUAACAUUGUCCUCUCUGGUGGUACAACCAUGUUCCCAGGCAUUGCUGAUAGAAUGAGCAAGGAAAUAACCGCUCUUGCCCCAAGCAGCAUGAAGAUCAAGGUGGUUGCUCCUCCUGAGAGGAAGUAUAGUGUCUGGAUUGGAGGUUCUAUCUUGGCUUCCCUCAGCACCUUUCAGCAGAUGUGGAUUGCAAAGGCAGAGUACGAUGAGUCUGGGCCUUCAAUUGUUCAUAGGAAAUGCUUCUGAUACAAAUAACUAUAGGACCGUUGAGAGAGAUAGUACUGCAUUCGUUUCUUUAAGUCUAGUUUUUAACAGGUUGGUUCUAGCUUUGUUAUCCUUCUAUGUCAUUUGCAUGUUGGAGUGAUUACUUUGAGAAGGCAGGAAGUAAACUGCCGAAGUGAUCAGAUUUUGUUAUCCUCUGUUUGUCUUUGAAUAUUACCGUUCCAGUAUUUUUCUAUUUUUUUUCCUUUUGGCUGCACAAAAUGCCAAUCUGUUAUGCCCCAUCAAGGAUUGUUAUGCUAUUACAUUGAUUUGCAAUUCUACUUA